AUGGAACAUUUUGAUGAUAUUGUCACGAAUGAUGAAAUAAUAAAUGUACCCUAUGAUCAUGCUUAUGAUUUAGAUCUUUCAUAUACAAAUAAUGACUCUUCUGACGGAGGACGUGACGAUGAUAUUGAACUUGAUUCUCAUGAAGAUAUUGAACCUGUUAAAGAUUUUUUUAUCGCUGAAUCACCAUCUCUGGAAAAUAAUAUUGAUAGUGAAGAUGAUGAUACACCAAAUAAAAAAUAUUUACAGAUAAUAGAAUUUAUACGUGAUGCUAAUUUAGAUAAAACUAGUACUGAUCGAUUAAUGCGUUUAUUAAAUAAUGUUAAUGAGUAUGCUGGAUGA